GACGUAUUUGCGGAUAUUUCACCAGGCAGAGCUCAUCGCAUUUGUACGCAGCACAGUUCACAUAAAAUAAGUUAAUUUCCGUAAUUAGUGCUUAUUUGGCACUCGCCCAAAAUCAAACUCUACUCAUCUGCUCCCCACCCCACGAUUAUCUUUGUUGUCGCGCGCAGAAACACAUUUGCCAGGAAGAAGAAGAACCACAUCUCUUGUAAAUUUUUCAGCCACACAUUUUGCAAGGUCAUCGUUGGACAUGUCGGACCACGACAACCUAUUCAUCCAGAUCCGCGCUCUCCUCCAGUCCGAUGGCGUGAAGCUAUGGGAGGAGCCCUACUACUCCGAAGAUCUCGGUAGCAUCGAGGGAGCACUGGAAAAUCUGGCACUCAAGUACUCCGGCACGUUGAGCAUCGAUAUAGAUCGCUGCAAGUUCAUUUUGAACGAGCUGCAGGAAAAUGCGCUACGUUCGCUGGCCGCCCGACGUGAGUUCAGCUCCACAGGAAUUGCCACGCUCAAGAUUCGCCGCAUUGACCAGCACAGCGGUGCCACAAUGGUGGAGGUGAAGUGCAGCUUGGACAUCAUGGGCUCCGAACUUCUGGCAAACAUAGCCAAGAAACUGGAAGUGCCGAAUGCUGCGCACGUCAAGUGCAUCGCUUCCGGCAAAGUGGUGUCCGCCAAUGCCACCUUGGCCGACCAGAAGCUGAAUAACAAUCAGCAGUUGAUUGUCAUUGUGGGCGAUGGGGAUAAUACUGGCGAAGCCCUAUACGAAAGGAUCAAUCGCAUCAGGACCGAUGUGCAGGCGGUGGUGUCCUCGAAGAAUAACCUAAUAGAGAUGGAGGAUCAGAAUGGCAGCCAAGUGUAUUUGCCGCCUUCCGAGCAUAAAGCCCUGCUUAUGGGUAUGGGAUUCUGUGAGAAGGCCCGUGCGGCCAUGAAUCGCGAGCAUUUUGAGGAGGCUCUGCUCCUUCUUUUGGAGGCCGACGAGCAUUUUGCUACCUGUAACUCUAAAUUUCUAGAGUCCGUGGAUAACUAUGCUUUGCUGAACCUCGACAUAGUGUGGUGCUAUUUUUGCCUGAAGAACGUUACCCAGCUCCCGGAUGCUGAGCGUCGCUUGGCCCAAUGCAGUCGCAAUUUUGGCAUCAGCUAUGGCGACAAUUUCGAGAGGCUGUACUCCUUGAAGGGCAAAAACUGUCCCGAGAGAGCUUUAAUUAUGCGGCUUAGGUUGCUCCAGGGCGUGAUCUUCUUCCACCAGAAUCUUCGCAAUGAGGCAUUUGAGUGCUUCGAAGCGGCCAAAACUCUGCUAAGCGAACUAAAGAUCAACAGCGAACAACUGGCUCUCCUGGUCGAUAUGGGCUUCGAUCCCUCCGAGGCUCGUAUGGCCCUGCGCUCCUGCAAGGGCGGCACCGCCGUCGAGCAGGCUGUGCAGUUUAUUCACGAGCGUCGUCAGCAGCUCAAGAAUGCACGCAAGAAAUACAAAGGGUCCGAGCGUGCUAUGGAGCGCCGCUUGAAGCGCUCCAAUUCCAAAGAUUGCACCUGGGUGAAUCCCCGCAGUGUGUGCAGCCUUAAUGACAUGGGAUUCGAAAGCGGACUGGCCACUCUCGCCUUGCAGCGCGCUAAUAAUGAUAUCCUAAAAGCGGUGGAACUGCUGCAGACAGAAUCGGACGAACUUAAUGGAGCUUUGCCCCGGCUUCCGGUCACCAUAGACAAGACCAAACUGGCUCAGCUUCUCCAACUGGGAUUCCACGAGAACGACUCGCGCGUGGCCCUAGAGAUUGCAUCAAAUAACAUGGAAGAGGCCAUCGACAGUCUGAUGUGCGCCAUAGAUAGCGAAGAGGAGCUGACUACGAUUUUAAAUCACGUUGAACGUAUGGCCAAAACUGGUGGGCAAAACCGUGACGGCCCCUCUACUUCGACCGCCUCCGGGCAGACCGAAGCUGCUCUGCCAGCGCCCCUUAUCGAAGCUGUUAUCAAUCAUGCUCGCGACGAGAUUGAAACUUACAAGGCUUACGAGCGCUUUAACUCCGACCUCAACAUGAGCGACAUGGAAUACCUGGACUUGCCCCUGAUCCAGGAGGAGAAGAUCCUGACUGAGUAUUUCAAUAUGCUGCAGCAGUAGCUUGCAUUCAACUUGCCUUUUUUUAUAUCUAUACAAAAAAUAUAGAAAACCCAAACCGGUUGUCAAGAUAACUGUAA